AUGAAACGUACAAGCACUAUUAGUCGUUUGGUCGAGUUCGGUCUUCGUUUAAUCGGCAUGUGGCCGGAUUCGGCUUAUCCGAAUCUUUAUUGGUCUAUGUAUAUGACAAUGCUAGGAUUAUAUCAAUAUUUUCAAUAUUCGUACAUUGUUACGCAUUUUGACACGAGCAAUCUUUCAGUUUUAACGGAUUGUUUGGGUCUCGCCUUAGCGAAUACGUCCGCCUUUCUUAAAUUAUUUUUUUUACGAUGGAAUCGGAGGACAUUCUAUAAUAUCGUGGCAGCAGUGAAAAGAGACUGGAAUGAUCGCGUUGUUAGCGAUUCUUACUCCACCAUGAUGGCAAUCGCGAAUCAGUCAAGUCGUUAUUCUGUCGUGCUAAUCGGCCUCCACUUUCUAACUGGCUUUUCCUUAUCCAUCGGUGCUUACAUGUUUCGCACGAUAAAUACUGACAGCGAAGCUUCAACACGAGAAUUUCCAGUAAAAAUGCAAUUCUCUUUUGUGGUCUCAGAAUCACCGGUUUUUGAGUGCAUCCUUUUUGGGCAAAUUUUUUUUCUAAUGUUGAUAGCCCCUGUGGUUGGUAUGAUAAAUGCGUUACUUGCUACAUUGUACUUUCAGUAUUCCUACGUCUACGAGCAUUUCGAUUUCAACAAUCUGACUAAGCUGAUGGACGGAUUGGGCCUCACUUUGGCUUACACCCUGACAAUAUUGAAGUUGAUCAGCUUGUGGUUUAAUCGUCGGAUAUUCGCGGAUAUUUUGAUCGCGAUGGAUGACGAUUGGAAGGAUAGCGGGACUAAUUUGCGUGAAUGCGUGAUGAUGAACAAGGCUAAUUUGGCGCACCGUUGUUCCAAUGCCAUCAUAUCCGUUAACGCUAUUGCCACUUUUUUAUAUUUUAUCGAGAUCCACGUACGUGGAUAUACACGUUCUAAAAACGGACAGUUUCGCAGGUUUCCGAUACAGGUACAAUUUUCGUCCGAGAUUUAUAAAACGCCUGUUUACGAGCUCGUCGGCGUGGGAUUGUUUUUCCAUGUGUUAAAAACGGCGAUUAUAAUAGCAAUAUUAAAUGAUUUGAUUUUAACGUUGGUACUUCACGUAAGCGGACAAAUCGAUAUCAUGUGUCAAGAGUUAAAAGCGAUUUCUUCCAUGACAAAAUCUAAGAGCAAGACUAUUGGCGAUGCAGCGUAUGAGACGGUUUGGUACGAAUUAUCUACUAGCGAAUGUCGAAUUUUAUUAUUUGUGAUUCUCCGAUCUCAAAAACAAUUGACGAUUACUGCUGGAAAAGUCAUGGACAUGACAUUGGAAGGUUUUACUAACUAUUCAUACUUUUUUGCACAAUUGGGCACAAACGAUUUCUCUAAGUUAAUGGAUGGUUUGAGCAUCACUCUGGAUUACACUCUGACGUUUCUGAAACUAUUAAGCCUUUGGCAUAAUCGUCGAAUAUUCUCUGAUAUUUUGGAUGCAAUGAACGACGACUGGAAUAAUUGCUCCACGCAUACGUGCAUGAUGAUGAAUAAGGCCAAUCUGGCGCAUAGGUGUUCCAACGUCAUGCUAACUCUUAACAGUUUGUCUGUUAUUUUUUAUUUCGUCGGCAAUUACAUGAGUCAUCGCACAAUUUCCACGGACUUCCGAGAAUUUCCGAUUCAGAUACAAUUUCCGUUCCAUGCCACCGAUUCGCCGAUCUUUGAGUUCAUUGUUCUGGGAUUAUUUUUUCAUGUGUGGGAAACGGCAAUUGUAAUUGCAUUGUUGAAUUCCUUAAUCUUAACAUUGUCUCUAAGUACGAAUGUGGAGGGGAAAUCAGGAUUAUUAAUACAAUCCAUUGUGCCCUACAUCGCUGUUACAUUAGAAGCUUUUGUUUUCUGUUUUGCUGGCGAAUACCUAAGUACUAAGAGCAAGUCCAUUAGCGAUGCGGCGUAUGAGACACUUUGGUACGAUCUGUCCACUAGCGAAUGUCGUAUCUUGUUAUUGAUAAUUGUCAGAUCUCAAAAACGAUUGACGAUUACCGCUGGAAAAAUCAUGGACCUGACUUUGGAAGGUUUUACAAGUGUCAUGAAAGCUUCAGCGUCGUACAUGUCGGUGUUGCACGUAAUGUAUUGA